AUGUAUGUGUUUGAUCGGGCCAACAAAAUCAUGAUGUGCCGCGUCUGUGAUUGUCGAGUGGCCUGGGAGCGAAAAAGUGUUGUGGACCUUCACUGUGACUCGAAUGCUCACAAACAGAAAAAGGAAAAGGACAAGCAAGAUCGUGCCAACAAGCGGCAGGCGUCAGUGGCUGACAGUUUUGAGCGUGCUAAAAAAGCUAAAAUUGACAGAGAAGUGUUUGUGAAGUCCACAGUACAUGCUUUCGUUAAAGCCAACAUUCCACUUCACAAGUUAGAUCAUCCUGAAAUGCGUAAAUGGCUUAAAAAUUACAUGCCAGGAAGUGGUGAUUUGCCGGGAUCUGCAUGGCUCAGAAGUCAUUAUCUCCCCAAAAUCAAAGCAGAUUAUGAUGAAGAACUUAAGGAAACACUGAAAGGGAGAAAAGUAGUGGUCCUGACUGACGAAACUACAAAUAGAAAAGGAGACCCAGCUUAA